UAGUCAUCCAAAAACAAAAUCUAAAUAGAGAGAAAGAACUAAGAAAUGGCAACCCUUAAGUGCAUUGACUGGCAGUUCAGCGGAAGCGAGGCGGCCAAAGAAGCUGCCGGGGCCAGCUUAGGCACCUAUACCUCUGCACUCUAUGCUAUGUGCGAUCCUAAUGGCAAACCCAUUUUGCCCCCACGAAAUGAGAUCCUGGAGACCAGCAAUACAGCCGAAAAAGCAGUUGUUAAAGCCGUUCUUUAUGGCUCGGGAAACGCCUAUGCUCCUAGCGUUGGCCUCGCGGCCGCAAAGCGUGCCGUAGCAGAGUAUCUAAACCAAGGUCUUCCAAAGAAGCUUACAGCAGAUGACGUGUUUAUGACUCUUGGAUGCAAACAAGCCAUUGAGCUCGCGGUAGACAUUCUGGCUAAACCGAAAGCCAACGUUUUGCUUCCGAGUCCUGGCUUCCCAUGGGACUUAGUCCGCUCCAUCUACAGGAACCUUGAGGUCCGCCACUAUGAUUUCCUUCCCCAAAAGAACUUUGAGAUCGACUUUGAUAGCGUCCGAGCGCUCGUGGACGAGAACACGUUUGCGAUAUUUAUAAUCAACCCCCACAAUCCCAAUGGGAACACCUACUCUGAGGCUCAUCUCAAACAACUCGCUGAAUUGGCUAAGGAACUCAAGAUUAUGGUGGUUUCUGACGAGGUUUUUAGAUGGACACUCUUUGGGAGUAACCCUUUUGUUCCGAUGGGAAAAUUCUCGUCGAUAGUACCAGUGGUUACACUUGGAUCCAUAUCAAAGGGAUGGAAAGUCCCAGGAUGGCGAACUGGUUGGCUCGCGCUACAUGAUCUAGAUGGUGUCUUCAGAAACACCAAGGUCUUACAAGCUGCACAAGAAUAUCUCCAGAUAAACAAUAAUCCUCCGACGGUUAUCCAGGCGGCUAUUCCUGACAUCUUGGAGAAAACUCCUAAAGACUUCUUCAAUAAGAGGCAAAGUUUUCUGAGAGACAAAGUAGAAUUUGGUUAUUCUAAGCUCAAGCACAUACCUAGCCUCACUUGCUACAUGAAACCUGAAGCCUGCACCUUCUUAUGGACCGAGCUUGAUUUAUCGAGCUUUGUAGACAUCGAAGAUGAUCAAGACUUUUGCAAUAAGCUUGCUAUAGAAGAAAACCUCGUUGUUUUACCAGGGAUUGCAUUUAGUCAGAAGAAUUGGUUGAGGCAUUCUAUCGAUAUGGAGACUCCAGUAUUGGAGGAUGCAAUGGAAAGAUUGAAGAGCUUCUGUGAUCGCCAUUCCAUUAAAAAAGCUCCACUCAAAGACGUCAAUGGUGUCAACUAAAGGGUCAAUACGGAUCUUUGUCUAAGUCUUUUACGUAUGCUAUAAUAUUAAAUAAACGAGUGUUUAUUGC